ACCACAUUUCUUACUUAUUUCUUCAGUGCUAUUUAGCCAAUGCUUUUCUUCAAUCUCUAACUAUAUAUAUAUAUACCUACAUACAUAUAUAUCUAUCUCUAUACAUACUAAAGCACAAUAUAAUUAAAUUGAUUCCGAUGGCCGGCGGCGGAGAAGGAGUUUCUCUCGAAUACACCCCUACUUGGGUCGUCGCCGUCGUUUGCACCGUCAUCGUCGCCAUCUCCUUCAUCGCCGAAAGAAUCCUCCAUCUCUCCGGCAAGUAUCUGCUGAAGAAGAACCAGGGUUCACUCUUCCAAGCCCUCCAGAAGAUCAAAGAAGAGCUGAUGCUUCUCGGAUUCAUAUCACUUCUGCUCACUGUGCUCCAAAACGCCAUUGCCAAAAUCUGCAUUCCCAAACAUUUUUACGACCAUUGGCUCCCCUGUAAUAAACACACCGCUAAGACCGCCGUUUCCCACUUCUCUUUUCCGGUCGGCCGCCGCCUCCUCGCCGCCGCGUCCGACUCCGCCGGCUAUUGCGACGCCAAGGGGAAAGCGCCGUUACUGUCUCUCAAAGCAUUGCAUGAUCUCCACAUCUUCAUCUUCGUGCUCGCCGUCUCACAUGUCGUCUUCUCCGCCUUAACGAUCCUUUUCGGGGGACUUAAGAUUCAACAAUGGAAGAAAUGGGAAGACUCGAUCGAAAAGAAACCAUUGGAGGAUCGCAACGAAGCCCUGCAGCAUAACAUUACUCAUGUCCAAGACCACGCCUUUGUUAGGUCCCGAUUUUCGGGCAUCCGGAGAUUCACUCUGUUUAGUUGGCUGAGAUCGUUCUUCAAGCAGUUCUACGGAUCGGUGAACAAAUCGGACUACAAAACCCUUAGACUCGGAUUCAUCAUGAAACACUGCAGAGGCAAUCCUAACUUUAACUUCUACAAAUACAUGAUCCGAGCCUUCGAGAAGGACUUCAAGAAAGUCGUCGGGAUAAGUUGGUAUCUUUGGAUAUUCGUCGUGAUCUUCUUGUUGCUCAACGUCUACGGCUGGCAUGCGUACUUCUGGAUAUCGUUUGUGCCGCUAACCCUUUUGCUGGCUGUGGGGACGAAGCUCGAGCACGUGAUAACGCAGCUGGCGCGGGAAGUCGCCGAGAAGCACACGGUGGUGCCCGGUGAAUUGGUGGUUAGGCCGUCCGACAAUCACUUUUGGUUUAAUAGCCCUCGUCUCGUCCUCGUCCUCAUCCACAUUAUUUUGUUCCAAAACGCCUUCGAGAUUGCCGUCUUCUUCUGGAUGCUGGUCAUGUUUGGAUUUGACUCUUGCAUCAUGGGCGAAGUUGGGUUCAUCAUUCCGAGACUCGUCAUAGGAGUGUUCGUCCAGAUCCUCUGUAGCUAUAGUACACUACCGUUGUACGCCAUUGUCGCACAGAUGGGAAGUAUGUUUAGCAGAGAGAUAUUUGAUGAUCAUAUACAAUCCGGAUUGGUGGGGUGGGCGGAGAAAGCAAGGAAUAAGGGGCUAAAGAAGAAGGCCGCCACGGCAGCGGUGGCAUCGAGCGGCGGCAGCAAUUCCAGUCAUCAGGGCAGCCCUGCUCCGGCGGCGGCGACCACGGUGGAGAUGAUGGAGAUGGAACAAGGCAAAAUCCAUCCUUAUGCAUGAAAAAUACAAACUUGAAAGAUAAAGUUUGUUUGUUUAGUGUUUUUUGGUCAGAUGUAUAUUUAUUUUUUUUAAUGUGAAGUAUAUGAAAUUGUGUAAAUAAUAUAAAAAAUAAUAUUUUAUGUUAGAACGUUAAUUUUU